AUGGCGUCGAACGAGGCUUCGGGAGCGGCUGCGGCUGAAGCAGAUGGGAUCGACGACGUGCAACUGAUGAUGAAAGAACUAGGUCUGCGUGAGGAAGACCUAGAUGAUGUGGUGUUUGAUGAGAAGGAGGCACCGGAGGAGGCGGCCCGUUGGAUAGCGCUUGCAAAGGUGAAUUCUGUCAAGACCUACUCUCAGUAUUGGUUCUUUAGGAACAUGAGAUCAACUUGGGAUCUGGCCCAGGAGGUGAUUUUCAAGCCACUUGAGGAGAAUCUAUAUACGGUGCAAUUCUCCUGUUUGGGCGAUUGGGAGAUGGUAACCCAGGAAGGACCUUGGCACUUCAGGGGAGACACCGUAAUACUGAAGCCUUACGAUGGUUUGGCAAAACCAUCGACUGUUCAGCUCGAUACAAUUGAGAUUUGGGCUCAAAUUCAUGAUGUACCUCCCCUAUACACUCAUCUAGUUCCGUCUCUUGCUGCUAAGGUGGGAGAGGUCCUUUUUACUGAAGCACAAUCUCAGGAUUUUGCUGGAAAUUUCCAUCGGGUUUGGGUCCGGAUAAAUGUCAUGAAGCCUUUGAAGAACGCAGUUUCCUUGAUCCGAGAUGGCAAGCGCCAGAUUUACAGGGUGAGAUAUGAGAAACUCUCAGAUUGGUGCGCCAUGUGUGCCCUCCGGCCCUUCCUCCUCCCCUCCCCAUCGCCGACCGCCAUGGCCGCCGACCCUAGCUCCGACCUCGCCAACGGGGCCCCGGCCCCCGCCCCCGCCGCGGGCGCCGCCGAGAAGAAGAAGUCGCGCGAGAGCGAGCGCCGCCGCCGCCGCCGGAAGCAGAAGAAGAGCAAGGCGCCCGCUUCCGACGCCGCCGCCUCCGACGCCGACGCCGCCGCAGAUGCCGAGGAGGACAAGCCCGACUCCAAGCCCCCGGUGGAGAUCGAGGUCGAGUACGUGCCGGAGGAGCCGGACCUCGCCGACGGCCUCCUCGCCGACUUCAAGAGCAUCUUCGACAAGUUCACCUUCAAGGAGCCCGUCGCCGCCGAGGACGGGGAGAAGAAGGACGAGGCCGCCGACGCGGCGAAGAAGGGGUCGGGGUCCGACUCGGACGACGACGAGCAGGAGACCCAGCAGAAGAAGAAGGAAGGGGGCAUCUCCAACAAGAAGAAAAAGCUUGAACAAAGGAUGAAGAUUGCGGAGCUGAAGCAGAUAUGCAACAGGCCCGAUGUCGUUGAAGUUUGGGAUGCGACUGCAUCAGACCCCAAGUUACUUGUCUAUCUGAAGUCUUACAGGAACACAGUACCUGUCCCAAGGCACUGGUCUCAAAAGAGGAAAUUCUUGCAGGGCAAGAGAGGUAUCGAAAAACAACCAUUCCAACUUCCUGAUUUCAUUGCUGCAACUGGAAUAGAAAAAAUAAGACAGGCAUAUAUCGAGAAAGAGGAUAGCAAAAAGUUGAAGCAGAAGCAGCGGGAGCGUAUGCAGCCAAAAAUGGGCAAGAUGGAUAUAGAUUAUCAGGUUUUACACGACGCCUUCUUCAAAUAUCAAACAAAACCAAAAUUGACUAGUCAUGGUGACCUUUACUACGAAGGAAAAGAGUUUGAGGUCAAACUCAGGGAAAUGAAGCCAGGUAUGCUGUCCCGAGAACUUAAAGAAGCUCUUGGUAUGCCAGAAGGUGCACCGCCUCCAUGGCUUAUAAACAUGCAGAGAUAUGGUCCUCCGCCCUCAUAUCCUUCACUGAAGAUUCCUGGUCUGAAUGCUCCAAUUCCUCCUGGUGCUACUUUUGGUUACCGGCCCGGGGAAUGGGGAAAGCCUCCUGUGGAUGAGCAUGGACGCCCCCUCUACGGAGAUGUUUUUGGUAUCCUACAGCUGGAUGAACCUAAUUAUGAUGAGGAGCCUGUUGACCGCAGCAAGCAUUGGGGAGACUUGGAGGAGGAAGAGGAGGAGGAGGAAGAUGAUGAGGAGGAAGAGGAGGAGGAACUAAUGGACGAUGAAGACAUGGAAGCUGGCAUGCAGUCUGUUGACACCAUGUCAAGCACUCCCACUGGCGUGGAAACACCUGACGUCAUUGAUCUUCGGAAGCAACAGAGGAAAGAGUCUGAAAGGCCAACAGAUAAGCAGUUAUACCAGGUUCUUGAGCAGAAGGAGGAGAAAAUCGCACCUGGAACCCUCUAUGGAUCAAGCCACACGUAUGUGGUUGGGGCACAGGAUAAAGCUGGGGUUAAAAGGGUUGACCUUCUCAAGAAUCAAAAGUCCGACAAAGUGGACGUCACCAUACAUCCCGAGGAGCUCGAAGUUAUGGACGAUGUUCUGGCAGCCAAGUAUGAAGAAGCCCGGGAGGAGGAGAAGCUCCGGAACCAGAAGGAAGAUUUCAGCGACAUGGUGGCGGAGAACGCGAGCAAGAGGAAGAGGAAGCACGAGAAGGACGGGAAAUCUUCCAAAAAGAAGGACUUCAAGUUCUAGACGGCGCCGUUUUGUUACCGUUGCCCUUCCGCUUCCCAGGAGGAGGAUGUUUCCAUUUCUUCCUGUGGCCUGUACUCUACUCUAAAUCAAGCUGUGUAUGUAUACUUGGCCUCUGGCAAAUGUUGAAGUGCUGGAUGAAAGGACCAGAUGAAAAAGGAAGUGAAGCUGUAGUCCAUGCAUGAGAACAAUUGUGAUGUUAAAUGUAACUGCUAGCAUUAAUCUAUUGCUGUCAUGAAGAUUGAUGAUAAGUUUGCUAUGGUUGA